CACGAGAGCGCGAACGGAUAGCCCAAGAAGCAACAGGUGUAGGCUAAAUGUGGGUUUGUGUGUGAGAAACCACGCGAGUCGGUACAUCGUCGAUCCAGAAAAUGAAAGUGGAAGAACCGCUUUGGUCCUCGGUGGAAAUCGUCCAAUGAGAUUCGAUUGGAAGUGACAGAAUGAUGCUUUUCUGAUGUACACUACACAUUUUUUUAAUACUUAAUUAGUGAUUGAUGUGUUUGCGUAUGGAUGUAACCACUUUAUAUAAUCAAGACUAUUGAAAAGAGGAAAGAUUAAAGGUUUCCAAGUCUAACCUUUACUAUCAAAGUUCGAAAUACACGACGCGUAAACAACUUUUUGUGAGUGUCCCGGUGUUUACCAACAGACCUGCAGAGCACAGUUGUUUUUCGAUAAGAUAAGAAGUAUGUAGACUUGCUGACACAACACCAACAAAGUAUUCCAAUUUUAAGCUUCGCAUUGCUUCAGAAGAUGUGUCGGAGGCCUUCCUUCCUUGGAUAGUUUUCGAAAACUUGCCGCCUUCCAUUCUUGGCCAACGCAAUCGAGGAAGAUGCCUUUGAGCACUGUUUGCGUCAGCACUGUAAGCAGUCGACCAAGGACCUGGUCGUCGUACUCAAACAUUCGUGCCAAAGAUGUUCAGGACCUGAUAAACAUGAACAGUACCGAAGAGAUAACGAUAUACAAGGACCCGAACGAUCUCUACCAAUCUCCGACGCUAACGAGGCGAACCCUAGGUUAUAGUUACGAUUUUCCUGAGAAAUCACAAAAGAAAGAUAAGAAAUGGUCCAUAGGCAGCAUAUUUCGCAGAAAGAAAAAGGACGAUAGUGACAGUAGCAGCGAGGAGGAUACCCAUAAGAGGGGAUUUCUCGGUAGGAGGAAAAAGAAGGCGGAGACUAAAAGGAAAAAACCGGUCAAGACUAUCGGUACUUUUGAUCACGUGGUAAUACCUCCUCCAAGGAAUUCCCAGGUUUACAAUGGGUAUAAUGUCCAGGAAGACCUCGGUAUUCUUUCAGAUCCAACAGGUGGCUUUUCUAACUACAUCGGAAGAGCUUUACCACAAAUCCCUUCCACGGACACUAACCAGAAGUUUAGCAAGGAAUCAAUAAGCGAUAAUAAUUCUAAACUAAGCGGCGGGUCGGGGUCUGUCGAUAGCGUAAGAAAAAGCAGGAGAGAAAUGGCUAAAGCCAGAGCUGAGGCCCGAAGGAAAAACGGCAGCAGCUCGGAUGAGGACUCUCAAAUAUCUAAUUCUUCAUUGAAGAUCCGCAGCGAGGAAAAUUUAAGACAGCGAGAUAUUUCGAUGAGUAAGAAAUCGAGGGCUGCCAGGACCGAGAGGUAUAUGAAACGGCAUUCAAGAGACGGAGAAAAUCCUCACAAUUACCUGAGACUGUCGAAAUCUGAUGUAGAAAAUUCAGCGAUGAAUUGGAAGUUAUCCGAUGAUAGCAACAGGUCUCCAAGUAGAAGUCCUCUCGUUCCGAGCCCCAUAAUACCUAUGAAUGCCAAAAAUAAACUAUCAUACACCAGUCUAAACUCGCAAAGCACUAAUAUGUCUGGUUUGUCGACCAUACCGCCAAGUCACGGUAACCACAAGUAUAGAGUUAGUAAUUCCACCAGCAAUCCUUCCUAUCGACCUCCCCAAUCAAUGAACGAUUACAAUAACGGCUCGAAAAAAUUCACGGACGUAAACUUGGAUAAAUAUUUCAACAAUCAGCGUAGUAUGUCGUACGACGCUAACAUACACAAGGCACCGUCGUCCGAGUUCAGCGAAGAUGUCCUUCAUGUACAGUUCCCUAUCACGAGACCCAACAGGGGCUACAGAAAUUUAAGUUUAAUAGAUGCCUCUCAGAUAAACAGGGCUAGGCAACCUCCGCCUCCACCACCACGUGACCCUAACAGGAUGAGAGGCCACUGUUUCGAAAACGGAAGGCCAAACACUUACUACUUUGACAGCAGUGGCCAAGUAAAAUCCAGGUCUUUCAGCGGAACUACGCCUCAUCCUAUGAUGCAGCAAACUAAAAAAUUUAGUUCGUUUAACCUCCACCCGAAUUUGAGAUCAACAUCGGAGGACUGUCUGCCUAAAGAACCGCUGAACAUUCAACUGACAAUCAGACCUUCAUCAACGACUCCCGACGUGGAAAAGUCUCAGCGUUUCGCCACCAGAAGACGAGAAAUCAAAACCAACCCGGAAGGAUUCAGUUACUUGACUGAUAAGAAUCCUAGAAGUCGCAAACCGAUUUUCAUCCAAACCGGAAAUAAAUCGCCAAAUACGAACGAGGAAAAAUCCGCAGAAAACAACGGCAGUCAAAAAGCUUUAGAUUUUUGGAAACAGAUCGAUAAGCAGAAUGCCAGUCUCAACGGCAAAUCGGUUUUAAAGAAGGCUCGGUCUAAUAGCCCUCAAAUGUUCACGAGUCAUACACACGUUCAGACAAAAGUCUUCCUUCCUAGCGUUCUCCAGAACGACAUGAACAAUUCUAAUAACAACAAAAUGCUAGACAUUAGCCGCGGUCCGAGUCCUUUUAAACCGGUUUCACCUACUGUUCAAGAACCUCCACCGGAAAUCUCGGAGAGAGUUAGUAAGGAAGAGAUAAAACGGAAAUCCGCUAAUUUGGAAGAAGCUCUAGAUGAGUUAGAGGCGAUUUAUAACAGUUUGAGACUUGGCGACGAGGACUUGCUCGAACGAGCAGAGCAACGCGAGAAAGAAACUCAAGCCCAGAAGCUUUUAGAGGCAAAUAUCGACCCUUACCCAGGUUACGGAGGUCGUGGGACUUUAAGCGAUUCCAGCUUCAGCUACGAGCCUUUCGAUACUGUAGACUCGCCGAGGCGCAAGAGAAUGUUCAGGAAAAAUCGAACAGCAGACAUAAAACACGAUGAUAUGGCAUUUAGAAAGAUACAUAAAGAUCGCGCGACGACUAUAAACGAUCCACAGUCUGUCAUUUCUAAGGUUAGCUAUUUACUAGCCUCUCCAGUCCAUGGAAAAAGUUUGGAAGAUGAAGAAGUCGAAACUCACGCUGACGGAGACGAACCUGAUAUUACCUUCGACGAUGUAGUUUAUAGGAACGUCAAAUACGCCAACAAAACACCAAAAGUUAUAGAGCCUCAACCGCCUUUUGGUAUACCCUUGGGACCAAUCACCCCGGCAGCUAACAGUGACUAUCUUCACGCCACACCCGAAGACAUAUACAGACCAAUAUUUAAGUCUCGUAAAAUUCCCGAUAUUGUAAAAGACGAUCUAGCUUUUCGAAAUCUGAGAAAAGAUACCAAUAAAGGACCCGCUCUACCUCCCCUGUCUACAGAUGAUUUCCGGAAUAAUAAUUCCGCCAUAGAAAAUAACAGACUGGAUUUGAAUUAUUUAAAGAAAAAAAGGGCACAACGUUCCUUAUCGGCUAACAUAGGGUCUUUGAUCCACGAAGAGAUGAUGGAAAAAGCGCGGAACAAACGCGCACAAGCCAGCAAUGACGUUGAAAAUGAGUUUAAGACACUGACAGACAUUGCUGACGCCAUGGAAAUUGCUAGAAAAGUUCUAAGAGAAAAAGAAAAUAAAAUAUCGGCAACAAGGAAAGCUUUCAUGAGCGACACGGACACUAAGUAUGUUCAGCCAAUUUCCAGCAGUAAUAGUCUGAGAGAAAGCAGACUGAACUUAAAUGGUUUGAAGACCGCCCCUACAAAUUCCUCAAAUGCCAAACCAACCUCACCUUUACUUGGAGACGACAUUUUGUCUAGUAAACCUCCUAGAGGUCUAACUCCUGAGAGGAAAGCUAGAUCUCCCAAAGAAUCCACUCCAAUACCACUCUCUCCUUUAGAAGAUAAAAAAUCCAUCGUUAGUGGAUCUACUUCGUCUUCUCUGGAAGACCUUUUGAACGCUUUAGCGGAAGAGGCCAAAGAAACUACCGAAAGAAUAACAAACGAGUUGAAGAUGCUCGGGGAGGAGAAACAAAACAGAACUAGUUUGAGAAGAGUGAACAAUGUCGAAGAUAAAGAAGAAAAAUCCGGCGAUUUGGAUAAAAGAUUAUCUGAUAUCGAUGCUGUUUCGGAACAUGCAAAGAUGUGCGAGAAGUUAUUGGAGUCCGUGGUAGACAGUAAUGAGCUCGUGACUUCUACCAAAACUCCCGAAGAGGAAGUUAGACAGAUCGAAGUGAAACCAGCUACGGUAGAAUCUGCCAAUAUAGUGUUAUCGAGGGUUGGUUCUAAAGAAGAGGGACACCAAGAAAAGGAAGGAAAGGUCGAUUCUGAGCCUGAUUAUGAAAACUUGAUGUCCGACAAAGAACUUAAUAUCGAUGAAGUAGAUAUAGCAAACUCAUUGGAGGAAUCUAACGAAGCUGAAAAAUGUAACUCGCCAUUUGAACAGCAAAAGGCAGAAUUAGCGGCUAGUGUUCAAGAACUUAAGCAAAACAUUGGAGGCAUAGAUUUACCAUUAAAGAAAAAAAUCAAAAAACAAGGCGACGAGACCAAAUGUGUAGAUGACGAGGAGAAAGGGAAGUUGCCUAAUUCAAAUUUCGACGAUCUCGAAACAGGUGUAACAGGCAGCGAUGAAACUAACGGGGUUACAGGUGAGGAGGAGUGUGUUGGUGUUCUAGACAGUGUAGCUUUGGCAGUCAAAGAAUGUGCCUCCAUAACACCGUCCAACAUUAACACUAACACUGUAGAUAACGGUAGAAUCUUCAUUUCUAACUGUGAUAUUAUUUUAAAUAAGCCUAAUCAAUCGCGUACGGUAUUCGAAGACUCUCGAGAAGACUCGGAAAAUAGUUCAGGUUUUCACUCUAAUUGCUCUUGUGGCGAGAGCUCACAUUACUUGAAAUCCAAUCACUUAGCGGACGGCUUUAGUUCGAAUAACAAUUUAGACUCUCUGGAAAGUUUGAAGUCGCCAAAGUUAGUUCUGGAAACUUCACACAAGGUGCUUUCUUGCGAGAAAAGCGAUAUUAAAGUAAACAAACCGGGAGUCGCAGCCGAAAAUAGCGAAAGGGGUCGCAGUUUGCCUCGAAGUUCCAGAUUGGUUUUAGAAGCCGCUCAAACGUCUAAUACCGAUUCGAUUCGAGGGGAAAAAUUAGAAGCGCGCGGGUCAUGUUCGCGGAGCUUAUUAAGCGAUCGUGAUAGAAACACACAAUCUAGGGGGACGGAUGACCCCGAUGGGCACAUUCUUGACGACGUUGAGAAGCCAACCCCUACCUGGUACCGUGACCCCGCCACCAUGGCCCUUGCAUGCUCCUACGGCAUUGCAUGCGCCCAUCAACUGGCUUCAGUAGAUAUAUUCGCUAUUUUAAGCAUCCUCCUUGCUAUUAUUUCAUUCAUCGCGGCAAUGUUUUUUUAAUGCUAAAAUUAUCCCGUAAUUUUUCGCAUUUACACGGUGGUACGUCCGUAAUUCCAAUUUGCAUAAAUAAUCCGGGACCAUUUUAAUUCUGCCCAAAUGAUUUAUUUGCAGUAAGCAGAGAACAAUCACUUAGGAAAACACAAGAUUGAAUCGUAUAAAAAAACUGAUUGUCGUAAAAGUAAACAAACAAAAGAUUUAAAUAAAACUCAAAUUAUAGUGACUAAUAUACUCGUAGUUUAGUUGUUAAAUGAUUAGUUCAAUUUGAAUUUAAGACGUACUACCUCUUUUUGUGUUUGUUUUUUUAGUUUUGAUAUUUUUAUGGUGAUUUUUGUGUGAUUCACUCACUUUGUAAAUGGUUUGUAAAUAAAAUCCAAACAGAUUUAAUGCCAAAUAGUAAUUGUAAGGGAACAUGAUUCUGCUGUAUCGAAUGUAUAUUGUAAAUGUAUUUUAUUUAUUUUUGAAUAAAUCAUCUGGUAUAUA